AUGAAGUAGACAACAUCUACAUUGCGUGGAGGUGGUUGUGGAUCUCAUAGAAUAAUUUCACACUCAUAAGGAAACUCAAAGUCAGAUAUUUAAGACAUAGAAAUUUUCAUUACUUAAUUUGAUUACUAUGUUGAAAAAAUUUGCACUAAAGCUGCUGUUGCUGCUAAUUAAUUAGAAUCUUAAGAAAUAAUGAUUGCCAUAUAGUGGUUUAUUUUUUAAGAAGAAAACAUUUACAAACUAAAUAAAAGUACAGAAAAGGUCAUGAAAUCAUACAACUUAAUUUUAGAGGGAAUCCGAAAGUUAUUGAAAAGCUGUUUGAUCUAUAUUAGAACAGAUUUAUUUAAAUGCUUGUAUAUCUUAUAAUUUACAACAUCUCUAUCUAAAGUCAUAUUAAGUUUCCAUAUAAUGAAUGAUGAGAGAUUUAUGAAAUAGGAUUUAUAAAAGGAAUUUUUGGAUAUUUCUGAAGAAUUAACAUAAUUAAUAGAAAUAGAGAAGAAUGAUUUGAUUCAAAAUUAAAUGGAACUUUAUCUUUUUUUAACGAAAACUUCUUUCUAAAUGGCUCCAAAUAAUAAUUAAGAUAGGUAAGAUUUUUUAAGAGGAUGUUUAAGUGGUAUAAUUAGUUCGAUAAUACAAAUGAAACCUAAUGCUGAAUUACUUAAAUCAUUGUUUUAGGGAGCUUGCCUAAUUCAUAAAAUGUAUGCAGUAUAAAAAAAUAGAAAAUUAUAUGAAGUGUAUUAUUAAAUAGAUAUGUUGCAAUGGGAGAUAAUAAAUUAUUUUAAAAAUGAUAAAUAAAAUGAUCUAGAAGGAAUAAUUUUACAAAUUCAGUCAAUACAUGAAAAUCUUGUGAAAAAUUCAAAUAAUUGGAAACAUCAUUUUUUAUGGAUUUAGAUGAUAGGGAAAAUUUUAAUAUAUAAUCCACUAUUGAAAAAACAAUAAUUAUAUCACUUUAAUAAUAUUGGAAUAAAGUAAAGGUAAAUUUGGAACGAAUAUCUACAUAAAGGAUUAUUAAUUUAAAUGAACCAUAGUAAUGACUAAGCUGUCAUUUUACUUAAUUAACUUUAAAAUAAGGAAUUACUUUAACUUGAUAGACUGAUAUUAGAAGACUGUUUCAAAGAGUGGAAAAACUUCUUAUUGCUUAAAGAUUUCUUACUAAAUGAUUAAAAUGAAAAUAUCCAUUUUACAUUUAGCUCAUAUUUAAAAUGCAAAUUAGAAGUAGGAAAAAUAGAACCAUAAAAAAAUGAAAAUAUUAUGGCAAUUAAUUAAAUCUAACAAUUUUUAACUUUUAUCCUUUCAGAUAAACUAAUAACUUUAAUUGAAGAUAAUUAUGAGAAAUUAGGAAUUGUAGUUAACAUUUAUAACAAUAUUAUAAAAAACAAUAAUUAAUUUAAUGAGAAGAUUUAAUAAGCUACUUAUACUUCAAAAAUAAUAAAGAUGAUUCAGAACUUUAAGUAAUAUUUCAUUAAUACUCAACAAAUCAUAAAAAUUAUAAGACUUAAUUAAAGGAAAAAAAAUUAUCAAAUAGAAUAACUUGAUUAGAUAAUGAUUAUUGAAUACAAAAAUUUUUAAUAACUUAAAUAUUUAAUGAAAGUAUUAGAAUAAAUAUUAUAACCAUUAAUUCAAGAAUUUAAGGAUAAUAUUAACGAUUUAAAAAUUCAAUCAUAAAAUCAAAAUGAUGAGAUUGUUGAAAGGGAAAGACUUUUGGAGUAGAAAUAAUACAUUUAGGUUGAAUUAAAAAAACUUGAACUAUAAGAUAAAAAAAAUUCUUUGCUUGAUGAUUUAUAAUUGAAACUUGAGGCUAUACCAACUAAUCCUCUAAAUAAAAAAAAAAUUAUGGAAUCAGCUUAAAGUCUGAUUCAAUUUAUAACAAAUUCUUGGAAACAAUUAGAAAAGAGGGAAAUUUCUUUACUUCAAAAUAAUAAUCACCUAAUUCAAUUAUUUGAGAAUUAAUUGAAUGAUAUUUAUAUAUAAUAUGAAGAAAAGAUUUAAGAAAUUAUAAAUGAUAAUGAAAAGUCUAUUUUAUUUAUGAAAUAAAUUAUCUCAAUCAAGUAUGAUAUUGAAAUACUUUUAAAACCUGAAAAUCUUAAAGAGAUUAAAUUAAUAUUUGAUGAUAUGCAUUUUAUCAAAAGUAUUUAAAACUUACGCUUCAAACAUCUAUAAUUACAUUUAAAAUUAGAAACUAUCAAGAAGUCUUUUAAAAAUAUAUUAGAAUAAACAAGCCCACAAGAACUACAAAAAUUGUAGGAAUUAAUAAAUCUUGAUGAGUUUCUACUUUCUGUAAUUAAAGAGUACCCAAAAAGAAUAAUUUGCUGUAAUAGUAAUAUUGAAAAAUAAAUUAUAAGUGAAUUAAUAAGUGUAUAAUUCACUGAACAUGACUAUUAAAAUUAGCUAUCAAAGUAGAAAGGAUUAAUAGAAUACUUAGAAUUCCGAUUAUCAAUAGAAGAAUAAACGAUAUCCUAAGAAGAAUAAGAUUUAGAAUUAAUUGAGAAGGAAUUAGGAGAAUUAUUCGUUGAAGAAUCUCCCUACUAGUUGCGUUUAGAAACAAUUAUUGAAGGUCUAGCUAUUGAUGAAUCAUUAAAAAAUGUGAUUGAAGAAAAAUUCAGUAUUUCAGAAUAGAGAUUGGAGAAAGAUAAAUUUAAUAAUUUUUUGUCUUAGUUAAAAAAAAUCAAAGACUCAGGCAAAUAUUAAAACAUAGAUUAGAUUAAGAUUGAGUAUUGGGAUUAAUUAGCCAUCCAAACAACAACAGUAAUUAAAACUUUGGAAACGUUUGGAUAUAUAGAUAAGGAAAUUUUUUAAAUGUUAUUGAAUGAAGAGCUGAUGAAUUUAAAAAGGUUAUUAAGUGAAGAAAAAAUAUCGUCAGAGAUACAGUUAAAUGCUGCACUUCAAAGCAAUUAAGAAAAAAUGAUCAAUGAGAAAGAUAAAAUAACAAUCACUACCAAAAGUGAUUAAAAUUAAGAGAAUUAAUUACAUGAUUUAAUAGUAAAACAAAAAGAAAUUUAUCAAAUUAAUGAAAAAGAUGUUAUAACCUGGAUGAAAUCUAAUUUUUUCAGCAACUUGAACCGUAGGGCUUACUUGUUAUUUUUGAUUAAGGUGGUAAAAUUAUAAAUAUAAAAAAUAAUAGAAUCGAAGGAGUUAUUACAAAGAUUUCUUGAAGAAGUUAAUGUUUUCUCAGAUAAACUUGAUUAAAUUCAAAAAUAUAAAUACGAAGUUUAAACUAAAUUAUAAUAAAGAUUUUAGUGUCGAUUUUAAGAAUUUAUAAAGAACUUUGAAUAAUUAAUAUUGACACAAAUCAACUUACAAUAAAUAGAAGAUGAAAAUUUUGAGAGUUAUUUUGAAAGAAUAUAAACUAAUUUAUCAAAAGGAAACUAUGAUACGGAAAUUACUUAAACAUAAUAAAAUAUAUCUGAUUUUCUAAAAACUUUAAAAGUGUAUUUUUAAGAAAAAUUACUAGAACCAAAAUAUUCUUUGAAUUCUCAUAUUAAAUAAGAAUUUCUGAUUGAAUGUAUUAGAAAAUUAUAUUUAUUGGAUAAUUAAGAGGUAGAGUAUGAUGAAAAAUCUGAUCAAUAAUUAGGUUUAUUUGAUACUUUGAAACAAAAAUAUCAUGAUUUUUAAAAUAAUGAGGAAUGGAAAAUAAAAUAGGGUCUCGUAUUUACAAUAAUAUAGAUUUCAUCUAAUUGCUUUACAGAUACAAUUAUUUCAUUUUGCUAAAAAUCCUUAAUCUAAUUGUGGGUUUCAGAAAAAGAUUUAAGAGUUAGAAAUCUAUUAAAAAAUAAAAACUUAAUAAAUAUGUAAAUGUAAAUCUUGUAGAGAGAUUGGUAGACUUAACAUGAUAGAAUUGCUGGCGAAAUGUAAUAAAUGUUGAAGAAAAUCGAUUAAUUGUAAGAAUAAAUUUUUCAUGAGGCAAAUCUUAACAAACGAGAUUUACAACUCAAAUAAAUUGAUGAGACGACUUUGUAAUUAGAUGAAUAUAUUGAAAAUAUUAAUGAAAUGGGUUAAUAACUUUAACUGAUAACUGAUUUUGUUAAUCAUAUCAGAAAAGGUUUAUUAAGAGUUGAAGGAAAAAUGAAUGAAAUGAAAGAGUCUCUUAUUAAUAUGAGUAAUGAGAUUAAAUUAUUGAGAGGAAAAUCUGUUGAAUAACUGUUGGAAAUUAGAAAAUGGAAAGUAUUAAUGGAAGCAGCAUAUAAGAACGUUAGGUCCAUCUAUGUGCCAUUAAAAACUUAAGAGAAAGGAAAAAAUGAACUAAGUAAUUUGAUGAAUUUAGAAUAAUUUGAUGAUAAAAUUGGAGAGGUGAAUAAAUUUUUAUAAGAAGAGAAAACAGUACUGUUAAUUCAUGGAAUAGCUGGAUCUGGCAAAAGUACGACAGCUAAAAAAAUAGAAGAGUUUAUAUGGAAAUAACAUGACAAGAAUAAAUAAGUCCCCAAUCGAAUUCUCAUACCUAUUUAUAUUUCAUUACCUUCUUUAAAUAAUCCGAAUUUUUAAGCAAUAGAGGAAACACUUCGUUAAGAUGAUUAUGGAUUUGAUGAUAUCUAAUUAAAAGAAUGUAAAGAAAUGUUGGAAAAGAAGGAAUUCCGAUUUUUAUUUAUAAUGGACAGUUAUGAUGAAAUGAAACUCGAGAAUCUUUAGAAAAAUUUAUAUAUUAAUAAUAAAAUUAAAUAAAAUUGGUCAGACCCACUAGUUAUUUUUACCACAAGAAGUGAAAUUUUAACAAGUAUUAAUUAUAUCGAUUGGUUUGCACCUGAAGAUAAAACAAAAUUAAAAGAAAUUUAGCUUCUAAAAUUUGACUAGGUAUAAAAAUAAGAAUAUCUUAAAAAAUUCACACUUUAAAGUAUUAAAAUGUUGAUUUUUGAAAUGUACGAAUAAUAAAUUUAAAUUGAAAACAGAAGAGCCAUGGAUAUCAAUAAAUUUGAGCUGUUUUGGGAAAAAUUAUUGUCAAAUUUGAAAUUUGAUAUAACAUAGAUGAAAUCUGAGACUCUUUUGAAUUAAAAAUAAAUAGAAAAAAUUUUUAAAUUUUUGAAGGAUGACGGGUACAUUACUUUAAAAAGUAAAGAUUUUCUAAGAAGCCUGAGUAUAAAUUUACAAAAACUCUGGAGCACUGAAAAGUAUGACAAUAUGAUUAAAUAGAUAAAUUUAAAUAAAAUGGUGGAGACUCCACAAAUGAUGGAAAUAUUAGUUUAAGUUUUGCCAGAAAUGAUGGUUAAAGCGACCUAGAUAGUAAACCUUAAAUAAAACUUCUUAAAGAAUUUCUCAAAAAUGAUUAAGGAGUAUUUUAAAAGUUAAUUUAUGAUUCAUAUGUAUAAAUGGCAACAGAAUAAGCAAUUAACAAAUAAAAUUGAAAUAGAAUCAUAACUAGACACUUUUGUCAAUUAAGAUGAAAUUUCGGAAGUUACUCAAAUUGAUAUAUAAAACUUAGAAAAAAUAGAUUAUCAUUAAGUUUCUCUUGAAGUUUGGAAUAAAAUGGAAGAUAAUUAAAUUCCUUUACAACUUUAAAUCUCAUAAGAUUUUGGUGAACUGGAUCUCAACCUUUUAAAGAUAAUUGAACCUAAUCUUCUACUACCAAAUACCUUAUUUAAUAAAGUUAAAAUUCAAAAAGAAAGAAUAAUCUAAGUUGUUAGCGAUGCAUUAAAAGAAUACAAUCUCACAAGUUAUGAUUUUUAUAGUGAGUUUAUUAAUUAUUACCAUUUGAAAUAAAUCGAAAAAUAAUAAAACUUGGGAAAAUCUAUAAAUAUUGAUAGUUUUUUGCAUGAUCUAAAAUAAUAUUCAAUUAAACUUGCAAAAUCUAUGAGUAAUAAAUAAGUUACAUAAGUUUAAUAUAAACAACAAGGAUUAUUAUAUAAAGAAGAAGGAGAGGAAGAAAAAUGGCUAAAUGAAUUUUUUAAUGAUGAUACUUAAUAUGGGUCUUAUAAAAAGGAUAUUAGAAGUUGUUCAUUGAUCUAAAAAAAAGGUACAAACUUUUUAUUUGUCCAUAAGUCUAUCUAAGAUUUCUUAAUUGCAACUGAUUUAUAUGAAAUGUUAGCGUUAUCAACAGAUCUUGAUUUGCAAAUAUUGAGUUCUAUUAUAGAACGGUUAUCAAAGGAAUAAACUUAAAAUUAAGAUUACUUAGAAUUUAUCUCAAAAUUAAAUCUUUCUGAAUUGAAUUUUAAAUUUGAUACUUUAUCUCUUUUUGAAAGGUAACAGUAAUUAAAUGAUAUAUAAAAGAACAUUAAAUUACUAUUAAAUCUUAUCAGAAUUCUAAAAUAGCAUGACUUCAAUUAGAUUAAUUAUUCCACUAAUUUUUAUACAGAAACAAGGAGGUAUCUGAUAUAAAAAAUAUCAAAAGAGCUUGUGAUUAUAGAAUUUCUAAUAUUGAUAGUUCAUCUUACUAAAAUAGAUAAAAAUUUCAUUUAGUGUGGAUCUAACUCAUUAAAUUUAUUAGUCGAAAUGAAAGUUGAUCUAACCAAGCAAUGUUUUUCAAAUAUAAAAAUAAAAAAUACAUCUAUUAUUGGAGCUAAUUUUGCAAAAUGCAAUUUGAGCGGAUCAGAAUUAGAAAAUGUAAAUAUAAAUGGAAUCAAUUUAAAUUGUGCUUAACUGUUUAAUUGUAAAUGGAAGAAUUUAAAAAUAUAUGAAGUACAUCAAUUUAAUGGUCAUAAUGAUACAGUCUGCUCAGUUAGCUUCUCACCUGAUGGUACUAAAUUAGCAUCUGGUAGUGAUGAUAAUUCUAUCUGUAUAUGGGAUGUUAAGACAGGAAAAUUAAAAGCAAAAUUAGAAGGUCAUACUCACUGGGUCUAAUCAGUAUGCUUCUCUCCUGAUGGUACUACAUUAGCAUCUGGUAGUUAAGAUUAAUCUAUUCGUUUAUGGGACAUAGAGACUGGAGAAUAAAAAGCCAAAUUAGAUGGUCAUACUCAUUAUGUCUACUCAAUAUGUUUCUCUCCUGAUAGUACUACAUUAGCAUCUGGUAGUUUUGAUAACACUAUUCGUUUAUGGGAUGUUAAGACAGGACAAUAAAAAGCCAUAUUAAAAGGACAUAGUAGUUGUAUCAAUUCAGUUUGUAUCUCUCCUGAUGGUACAACUUUAGUAUCUGGUAGCAUUGAUAAAUCUAUCCGUUUAUGGGAAUUUAAGACAGGAAAAUAAAAAGCCAUAUUACAAUGUAAUAGUUAAGUUAAUUCAGUCAGUAUCUCCCCUGAUGGUACUACAUUAGCAUCUGGUAGUGCAGAUAACUCAAUUUUUUUUUGGGAUGUUAAGACAGGAUAAUAAAAAUCCAAAUUGAAUGGUCAUACUAAUUAGGUUCGAUCCGUAUGUUUUUCUCCUGAUGGCACUUCAUUAUCAUCUGGUAGUGAUGAUAAGUCUAUCCGUUUAUGGGAUGUAAAGACAGGAUAAUAAAUAGUCAAAUUAGAUGGCCAUAUUCAUUAAGUCAAAACAGUUUGCUUCUCUCUUGAUGGUACUAAAUUAGCAUCUGGUAGUACAGAUAACUCCAUCCGCCUAUGGGAUGUUAUGACAGGAUAAUAAAAAUUCUAAUUAGAAGGUCAUGAUGGAAUUGUCUGCUCAGUAUGCUUUUCUCCUGAUGGUACUAUAUUAGCAUCUGGCAGUGAUGAUCAGUCUAUCCGUUUAUGGGAUGUUAAGACAGGAUAACAAAAAGCGAGUUUCGAUGGUCAUACUCAUAAUGUCCGAUCAGUGUGCUUCUCUCCUGAUGGUACUACAUUAGCGUCUGGUAGUAGGGAUAAGUCAAUCCGUUUAUGGGAUGUUAAGACAGGAUAAUAAAAAGCCAAAUUAGAUGGUCAUAUUAACUGGGUCUAAUCAGUAUGCUACUCUCCGGAUGGUACCACAUUAGCAUCUUGCUGUGUAGAUAACUCUAUUCGUUUAUGGGAUGUUAAUACAAGAGAAACAAAAGUUAGGUUGGAGGGUCAUUAGGGUUAUCUCAAUUUGGUAAGUUUCUCUCCUGAUGGUACUAUAUUAGCAUCCUGUAGUAGUUUUGAUUCUAUAGGUUUAUGGGAUGUUGGGACAGGUUAAUAAAUAGCCAAAUUAGGUGGUCAUACUUAUUGUGCUCAAUCAUUAUGUUUCUCUCCUGAUGGCACUACAUUAGCAUAUGGAAGCGAGGAUAAAUCUAUCAGAUUAAUGGAUGUUAAGACAGGAUAAUAAUAAUUCAAAUUAGAUGGUCAUAGUGAUUAUGUCAGAUCAGUAUGCUUUUCUCCUGAUGGCACUACAUUAGCAUCUGGCAGUGAUGAUAAUUCUAUCCGUAUAUGGGAUGUUAAAACAGGAUAAUAAAAAGCUAAUUUAAUGGGCCAUUUGAAUGCUGUUAACACAAUAAGCUUCUCUCCUGAUGGUACUACAUUAGCAUCUGGCAGUGAUGAUAAUUCUAUCCGUAUAUGGGAUGUUAAAACAGUAAAAGAAGUUGAAACCACGGAUAUAAUUUAGAAAGAAAUUUUGGUAUAAUUAGAAAAUUAACUAUUUUAGAACAAUCUUCUACCAGAAGGGAGUGUCUAUAAUCUUAAUUUAGCAUCCUCUCAUUUAACAAUACUCCUUAUAUCCAAAUAGCCAAUUUUUUAAGCGAGUAGAGCUCUAAUUCUGAAAGGUUAAUUUGAGAAUUAAUCAAGCAUAGAUUUAAAAACAUUAUUUAAAUAAAAAGGAAGUUGCAUUUUGGAAAGCCAAUAACAGUAAAUAUAAAAAUCGAAUUGAUUAUGAU